CGAUAAGUCUAUCGAGAGGCGUUGGACCGUCCAAUUGGAUUCCAAUUGGGACUGUGGGUUAAAGAUUUUCAAACAGUGAAGGUGUGCGCAUCGGACUAAUCGAAUUUCAGAUUUGCCAAAUCGCGUGAGAUUACAGCCACUUAACGACUCUCGCCAUGUCGACUAGCCCGAAACCGGUUAAGAAGGUGCCGAUUCAUUUGCAGAGCGCCCAGAAUCGUGUCUACAUUAAAAAUGGUGAGAUUGUCAAUCAUGACAAAUCCUUCAAAGCGGACGUUUACAUCGAAGACGGAAUCAUCAAGUUUGUGGGUCCAUCCUCCGAAAUCACGAUUCCCGGAGGAGUUCGCACCAUCGAUGCCAGUGGUCUGAUGAUCAUUCCGGGUGGAAUCGAUCCCCAUACCCACAUGCAACUGCCCUUCGGUGGAGCUGUUGCCGUCGAUGAUUUCUAUCAUGGAACCAAAGCUGCCGUUGCUGGUGGCACUACCAUGAUAAUCGAUUUUGUGCUGCCCAACAAACAUGAGUCGAUGAUCGAGGCCUACGACAAGUGGCGCAGCUGGGCAGAUCCCAAGGUCUGCUGCGACUAUGGACUGCAUGUGGGCAUCACCUGGUGGUCCAAAUCGGUGUCUGAGGAGCUUGGUAUUUUGUGCAAAGAGCUGGGAGUCAACUCUUUCAAAACAUUCAUGGCCUACAAGAACCUAUACCAGCUAAAUGACUCAGAUCUCUUGGAUGUAUUCGAGCGGAUUAGAGGGUUAAACGGAGUAGCUAUGGUCCAUGCCGAAAAUGGAGAUAUCAUUGCCAAGAACACGCAACGCCUGCUGGCGGAGGGAAUCACAGGACCGGAGGGCCAUGAGCUCUCCAGGCCCGAGGAGGUCGAGGCCGAGGCAGUGCACCGCGCAUGCGUCCUAGCCCACCAGGCCGCUUGUCCCCUGUAUGUGGUCCAUGUGAUGAGCAAGUCGGCGGGCAUCGAGCUGGCCAGGGCCCGGCAUCGUUAUCGGGGGCGUUAUAUAAUGGGUGAGACACUGGCCGCGGCGCUGGGCACGGAUGCGACCUGCUGCCAGCACCUGGGCUUCGAUCACGAGGCAGCGCACGUGCUCAGCCCGCCCCUGCGUCCCGACAAGACGACCCCCGAGUUUCUGAUGAAGCUGUUGGCGAACGAUGACCUGCAGCUGACUGGCAGCGAUAACUGCACCUUCAACAAGGAACACAAAGCUUUGGGCAAAGGUGACUUCACCAAGAUCCCGAACGGAGUCAAUGGUGUGGAGGAUCGUAUGUCCCUGGUGUGGGAGAAGGGCGUCCAUGCCGGGCUCCUGGACCCCUGCCGUUUUGUGGCUGUGACCAGCACGAAUGCAGCCAAGAUCUUCAACAUCUAUCCCCAGAAAGGACGCAUCGCCGUCGGAUCUGAUGCGGAUAUUGUUAUCUGGAACCCGAAUGCCACACGAACGAUUUCAAAGGACACCCACCACCAUGCCUGUGACUUCAACAUCUUCGAGGGCAUGACUGUGCACGGAGUUUGCGAGUUCGUCCUGGUGCGCGGACGCAUCUGCGCCGAGCGCGGCAACGUACGGGUGGCGGAGGGCUUCGGAAGGUUCAUUCCGACCCCGGUCCGACCUCCAUUCGUCUAUGACAUCAUCGAGGGCAAGGUUCAGGCCUCCUCAGAGGAACAGCAGGAGCACCAGGAGCGACAGAACGGAAAUGUGGCGAAGCGAUUUGCGGAGCUGGACAUUCAGAUCCCAGUGCAGGAGCCCUUAAGCGCCAUGUUGGCUGGCAACCUGCCCAUGCCGGCGGAAGGCUCUCUAUGCAGCACGCCCUCCGUUCGCGGACGUGUCGACGGAAAGCGUGACUUGCAAGAGUCCUCAUUCUCCAUAAGCGAGGAGCUUGAUAAGUCUGGAGUUCGGGCAUGCAUUAAGGUAAAGAACCCACCUGGCGGAAAGUCUUCCGGCUUCUGGUAAACCAACCAGCGCCCUGCGUCGCAUCGCAAUCCUUGCCGGUGUUGAAUCGCACAAUCCUGGAUCCUGGAGGACAGUGUAAGCCAAAGUCUGCGCUCAUUCGAUAUGUAAACCGGCAUUUAAUAUUAAAAAAAAUGAAAAACAAAAACACAAAAUCGUAAUCUAACCAAAAUUCAAAUUAAGUAUGUACGUAUAGCCACAAAUCGAAUAAUAAUUGUCCCUUGUGGGUAAGAUUUCUGUUAAAAAUCCUCAAUUUAAGAAUUAGAAACAUCAACUGCCUGGCCUGAAUCGAGGACUACGAAAAAUCAAACAAUGUGCUUUUUUUUAAUCUACAUAUAUAUUUU